GGGCUGUUGGGGACGAAAAGAAGCAACUGCCAGGUCAAACGCAACCCUCCCUCUCUCCGUCCAACAAACAAACACUCCAGUGCCAGCUAGAGAGAGAGAGAGAAUGAUUUCCAACGGAGUCGAAGACGAAGAGAAAUGGCUGGCGGCAGGGAUCGCUGGCCUUCAACAGAACGCCUUCUACAUGCAUCGUGCUCUGGACUCCGACAAUCUCAGGGACGCCCUCAAAUACUCCGCUCAGAUGCUCUCCGAGCUUCGCACUUCGCGGCUCUCCCCUCACAAAUACUACGACCUCUACAUGCGAGCUUUUGAUGAGUUGAGAAAGCUGGAGAUGUUUUUUAGAGAGGAGAAUCGGCGUGGCUGCUCCAUUAUUGAUCUGUAUGAACUUGUCCAGCACGCCGGUAACAUAUUGCCCAGAUUGUUGCCUUGCCUGAAGAAUUCAGUGGAGCCAUGUGCUCUGAAAAAAAUGUGUUUUGGGGAGAAGUUGAUCUUUCCAAAUUGUUUUAUUCAUGGAAUGAGUUUACUGAAAGAGGGUGUUGAAAUGAAUUGGUAUCUCCUUUGUACAGUGGGAUCUGUGUACAUCAAGUCUAAGGAAGCUCCUGCAAAGGAUGUCCUUAAGGAUCUCGUGGAAAUGUGCCGUGGCAUACAACACCCUGUACGUGGGCUUUUCUUAAGGAGUUAUCUUUCUCAAAUCAGUAGGGAUAAAUUGCCAGAUAUUGGUUCUGAGUAUGAAGGGGAUGCUGACACUGUCGUGGAUGCUGUGGAGUUUGUACUCCAGAACUUCACAGAAAUGAACAAACUUUGGGUGCGGAUGCAGCAUCAGGGACCUGUUUGGGACAAGGAGAGACGGGAAAAGGAAAGGAGCGAGCUUCGUGAUCUUGUUGGGAAAAACCUGCAUGUCCUCAGUCAGAUUGAAGGUGUUGACCUUGAUAUGUACAGAGAUACUGUUCUUCCCAGAAUCUUGGAGCAGGUUGUCAAUUGUAAAGAUGAUCUUGCCCAAUACUAUUUGAUGGAUUGCAUAAUUCAAGUCUUUCCUGAUGAGUACCACUUGCAGACCCUUGAGACAUUGUUGGCUGCUUGCCCCCAGCUUCAGCCAUCCGUUGAUAUCAAGACAGUGCUUUCACGGUUAAUGGAAAGGUUGUCAAAUUAUGCUGCUUCAAGUCCAGAAAUGUUACCUGAAUUCUUACAAGUAGAAGCUUUUGCAAAACUGAAUAAUGCCAUAGGGAAGGUGAUUGAAGCGCAGGUUGACAUGCCUAUAGCUGGAGCUGUGACUCUAUAUUCUUCUCUUCUUACAUUUACUCUUCAUGUUCACCCUGAUCGGCUUGAUUAUGUAAAUCAAGUAUUGGGAGCAUGUGUUAAGAAACUCUCUGGGAAAGGAAAGCUGGAUGACAGCAGAGCAACAAAACAGAUUGUUGUACUUCUAAGUGCUCCCUUGGAGAAAUAUAAUGAUAUUGACACUGCCCUGAAGCUUUCUAACUAUCCCCGUGUCAUGGAGCACCUUGAUGAUGCAACAAACAAAGUCAUGGCUGGUGUUAUCAUUCAAAGCAUCAUGAAAAGCAGGACUUGUAUUUCUACUGCUGACAAGGUUGAGGCAUUGUUUGAACUAAUAAAAGGUCUUAUCAAAGAUUUGGAUGAGAAUCUUCAUGACGAGCUUGAUGAGGAGGAUUUCAAUGAGGAGCAGAAUUCUGUUGCACGUCUCAUUCAGAUGCUGUAUAAUGAUGAUCUGGAAGAGAUGUUAAAGAUCAUAUGUACUGUGAGGAAGCAUAUCCUGACCGGAGGACCUAAGCGGCUUCCCUUCACUGUUCCUCCCCUUAUUUUUAAUUCUCUCAAGUUGGUUAGACGACUGCAAGGCCAGGAGGAAAAUGCUGCUGGAGAAGAGGUAGCACCUACACCAAAGAAAAUUUUUCAGCUUUUGAAUCAGACAGUUGAAGCUUUGUUAACUGUUCCAGUACCUGAACUGGCAUUAAGGUUGUACUUGCAAUGUGCUGAGGCUGCAAAUGACUGCGAUCUAGAACCUGUCGCCUAUGAAUUUUUCACCCAAGCUUAUAUACUAUAUGAAGAAGAAAUUUCGGAUUCAAGAGCACAGGUGACCGCAAUACAUUUGAUUAUAGGGACUCUUCAGAGGAUACAUGUCUUUGGUGUUGAGAACAGGGAUACGUUAACACACAAAGCCACGGGGUAUUCAGCAAAGCUUUUGAAGAAGCCCGAUCAGUGCAAAGCUGUUUAUGCGUGUUCACAUCUCUUUUGGGUUGAUGAAAACGAUAGCAUCAAGGAUGGCGAGAGGGUAUUGCUUUGCUUAAAGCGUGCUUUGAGAAUUGCUAAUGCUGCUCAACAAAUGGCUAAUGCAACACGAGGUAGCAGUGGGUCGGUCAUGCUCUUCAUCGAAAUAUUAAACAAGUAUCUCUAUUUCUUUGAGAAGGGGAACUCAGAGAUUGGUGUUUCUGCAAUCCAGGGCUUGAUUGAAUUAGUCACAACCGAAAUGCAAAGUGAAAAUAUGACACCAGAUCCAGCUGCAGAUGCUUUCUUCUCCAGUACGCUGCGGUACAUCCAGUUCCAGAAGCAGAAGGGUGGUGCUAUGGGUGAGAAAUACGAGCCCAUCAAGUGUGAUUUAGCCGGAUGAGCAUUCAUGAUGUGAAAGCUGCAAGACUAUUUUUAUUGUUUUGGAGGUUCAAAAAUAAUAGUCAGCUUCGGACUUCACGUAUACACUCAGAGAAUCAGAGAGGAAGCUGUUAUGUUUUUUCUGGUGGAAGAAGUGGCCUCUUCAUGCUCGAGUUUGAUGCAACGUUUGGAGUUUAGGCGAGGAUUCUUUCUGUCUCUGGAAAAUUAUGUACGUCAUAAUACAUUAUUAGUGAAAAAAGUUUCUGCGAUGGUUUAACCGAACUGUGUGUUGAGUAUUGUUUAGGUUUGUACACAAGUUGAGCCGAUUACUGGAUUGUUCAAAUUUAGUUUGACAAUUUAACGAGCAUCAAGUUCAAAAUUUGCUUUA